UGGUCAGGCCGCCUGGACGUGGUGACGUACGGGUAGAUCUCUACACUCCUAAAGCAAACAUUGGCCCUCACUCUUAUCAGCGUGGAAACUUCAAAAAACUAUUUGUCAAACUUCACCAGCCUCGCCCCUCCCCUUCAGCAUCAGAUCAGGGCAGCGAGCCCCGACUGAAACUUUCGCCUACUGUUUAGUGUAGCAGCACAUGUCUGUCUGUGAGGAAGUGAGCGGGGAAUUUCACAUUGACGAACCUCUGAAUCCCUUCUCAACAUGCCGAUCCGAGUGGUAAUGGAAGGUCCUGGACCUUGGGGGUUCCGUCUGGUCGGAGGGAAGGACUUCGAGCAACCGCUGACUAUUUCGAGGGUCACGCCCGGCAGUAAAGCAGCGCAGGCCGACCUGUGCAUCGGGGAUAUGAUCCUGGCCAUCGACGGGGAGGCCACUCAGCACAUGACACAUUUGCAAGCCCAGAAUAAGAUCAAGGGCUGCGUGGAUGAGAUGGUUCUGUCUGUGGACCGGUCAGAAACCAAACUAUGGUCUCCACUUUCCUCUGAAGAAGGGAAAGCAAAUCCAUACAAGAUGAAUCUUGCCUCAGAACCACAGGAAGUCAAGGCCAUUGGCUCCGCCCACAAUCGCAGCGCCCUGCCCUUCGCGGCGUGCGGGUCCAAGGUCGUGACGAGCCAGUACAACAACCCGUCCGGCCUCUACUCCUCCCAGAACAUCAAGGACUUCAACUCGACCGUGGACGAGGUCAAAACCAUCACCGAUGCAGUGGAGCCCUGCAGCGUACCCCAGGAGAGCCUGCCGUGCGGCCCCCCACCGGUCUUGGCCAACUCCGAGGUGUACAAGAUGCUGCAGGAGAACCAGGAGGCGGAUGAACCCCCUCGCCAGUCGGCCUCCUUCAAGGUCCUCCAGGAGAUCCUGGAGACAGGGGAUGGAGAAAAACCCUCAGGGUUCAGGAGUGUGCGACCGCCGACGACGAAGAUUGGGGCGUCGCUGGGAAAUGCAGACAAGUUGCCAAUCUGUGACAAAUGUGGCUCUGGGAUUGUGGGUCUGGUGGUGAAGCUGAGGGAUAAGUUCCGCCACCCUGAGUGCUACACCUGCACAGACUGCCAGGUCAACCUCAAGCAGAAGGGCCAUUUCUUUGUGGAAGAGCAGAUUUACUGCGAGAAGCACGCGCGGGAGCGGGUCACCCCGCCCGAGGGCUACGACGUGGUCACCGUGUUCCCCAAGUAGACCCGCGACCCGCCCCCCUCCCCAUAGCGACGGACUGCACAACACUAGGACACCAGUAGAUGAUCCCAAUAAAUGGAAGCCAUGCUAGGUUUUGGAGACUACAACAGUCUUUUCUCCCCCUUGUGUGGCUAUACGCGACAACACUCGCUGUUAAACAGGCUAUAAAAAUGUUGAUUUGCACAUUCGUUUUGGUGUCUCAUAAAGGAUGGAUGAAUACUGUAAAAUAGUAACGUUAUAUCUACUUGAAAUCUUAUUGUUGCCCCAAAGCCUGGAGUCUAGUUCAAUACGAUUUUACUGUAUGAUUAAAAUUAGGUGAAUGUUUUUUUUUAUGAAUGAUGAUUUCUCACUCCACAUAAUUCUGUAUUUUCUUGUCAAUUGCAGAGUGAACCAACUGUUUUUAUUUUAAAAUAUCACUGCCAAAUAAAUGCUUUUUCUGAA